ACGCAGACCUCCCUAACGACCAAGUCAGAAUAACUUCCGGUUAUUUAGCUUCAUUGGCAACAUAACCAAACUUUUGUUGGAUCCUUUCUCCUCCUUUAGUGGUAGCACAACAUAGUAAAGUGCGCAAAAUGGUAUCGGUACAUGAAACAUCAGGAAGAUACGAAAGACCACCAAGAAUCAGAGAUGAAUAUAGAAAAGUUCUAGAGAAAUCGAUCAAGGACGACUAUAUGAAAGAAGAUCUGAAAUACAUAAUAGAUGAAGAGUGGAAACAGAACCUAAGGGCUGCAUGGAAUGAUCAGAGUGAGUUAAAGGCUGGCUACAAGAGAUUUCUUGCAACAAAUAAAGCAAUACAGGCUGAAGUACAGCAGGGAGGCAAGGCUAUAGUUUCGGUGCGGCGCCGGGCACUGCAGAAGUUGUUUGCACAGGAGGAACAACAGUAUCAAGCAGAGCUGGCAACCCUUGGAAAGGCUUUCGGUAAAGAGCGACUAUGAAGUUGUUGCCAAACUCUCCUGCCUUAUGUGAUUAUGUUUAGGGUACUUUUGUGUGCAUCUUCAAGAUAUUUUUUUCUCGUUCUGAGACUAGAACAAAAAAAAGUUUUAUACUGUAAAUUUUAUACACGUGUACUUAUACCCUUCAGCAUUAUAUAAUAUCAAUGCAUUUACAAAAUUAAAAUGUUGUCCUUGUACUGAAUAUAGAACAUAUAUCCUAUAUCUCUUGUAGCUUUUACAGCAUUGCCAUCUGAUACAGUAUGUCCUUUCAAUACUCAAGAAUGUGUAGAAACAACUAUUGUUAUUUGAAUUAAACUUUGUUUGUGGCAAUU